AUGUGGAAUGACACAGCAGGGGAGAGACCGAAAGCAGUGGUGGUCAAGAAACUGUGGCAUGAAGACACCAAAACAGAGCUCCAUCUCAGUGUCUACACAGGUGUCCUGGCUAUUCUGAAAGAGUACGUCAUGGUGUUCCAGAGUCGUGACACCCUUGUGCACAAGUUGCAUGACAAGCAGCUGCAGGUUUUCACCAACUUUCUUGCAUGCUUUGUGAAGCCAGAACACCUGCCACCAAUCCCUAGGACCCUGGCAGGUCUCAAACUCAAGGGAGACAAACUGCUGCCUGCAAGAGACAUGUAUGUGGGUCGAGUGGCAGAUAGAUUCAGACGGGAGCAUCCUCAACACCAUCUGCUGAAGCCCUUCCUGGACCAAGUACUCCAGGGAUACAUCGCAUGUGGGGAAUACCUGCAGAGCAAGCUGCCACUGGAGAGCAUGACCCUGCAGUGCCUGCCUGCUGUUGACCCUAUUGCAAGGGGGCACUCCAAGACUGGAUGUCUGCUGAGAUGUGUGGUUGUGGACAGUCUGUUAGAGAACUGUGAUAUUUUAUGUCUGCAAGAGACUUUUUUACCAAUGCAAGAUUUAGAUAAAUUAAAUUCUAUUCAUGAUCAUUUUCAUGGUGCUGGUGAAUCCACAGUGGAUCUUGGUAUGGAUAUAAUUAAAGGUAGGAUAUCUGGGGGUGUAGCCAUACUAUGGAAUAAAAAGCUAGAUCCACUGGUUAAGGUAAUUCGAUUGGAUGUUAAUUGGUGUAUUGCAAUACAGAUAACUUAUCAAGAUAAGAAUUUUAUUAUUCUAAAUGUGUACACACCUUACGAAAGUCAUCAUAAUGAAGAUGAGUAUUUAAAUAGAUUGGCUUUUAUCAGUUCUUUUAUAGAAAGUUCUACUGUUUCUAGUGUGUAUGUCAUUGGGGAUAUGAAUGCAGAUAUUUCAGACAAAAAGUCUAUAUUUUCCAGUCAUAUUGCUCAGUUUUGUCAUGAUAAUAAUCUUAUUUUGUCAACAGAAGUGUGUUUGCCUGUAGAUAGUUAUACUUAUGUUAGUGAGGCUUGGAACACAACAUCAUGGUUGGACCAUUGUAUUAGCACAGCAGAUGCACAUGCAUCGCUGAGUGGUAUGAGUAUUCUGUAUGGAAUAGUAACAACUGAUCACAUACCUGUGUCCAUUGUGAUAAAUGCGGAGUUCCUUGUUGCAAUGUCUAAUAAUGAUAAUAAUGUCAAUAUAGCAAAAAUUGAUUGGUCUGCACUUACAGAGGAGGAUCUUUCGGUUUAUUAUGUAAACACAGAUAGAUGUCUGGGUAACAUUAAGUUGCCUAGGGAUGCGAUCAUGUGUAGUGAUGUCAACUGUAAAGAUCCAAGUCAUCAGAGAGAUAUCUGCUCAAUGUAUAAUGAUAUUGUUAAUGCCUUGCAUGGUUGUAGUAAGCCCUUUUUUAAAUUGAAGGGUAUACCAAAUAAGACUAGGCCUGGAUGGAGUAAAUAUGUAUCUGAAUAUCAGGAUGAAGCCAGAGAAGCUUUUAAAUUAUGGGAUAUAGCAGGUAGACCCAGGCAGGGGCCUGAGCUUGAGUAUAAAAAAUCAACAAAUGCAAGAUACAAUAUUCUUUUGUUUUAUCUGGACCCCGAGUCUGUAAUAAAGAUUGAUUAA